UCCCCGAGUCAUGCAUAUAAUAGCAAGGCGAGCGGCGAUAAGCUUAGGUUCUCAACUCGUCAGCUCUCUGUACACCAGCAGGCUCAGCCACAACCGCGCAUUCUCUACGAUGGCCGAUCGCUCUUCUGAACAAGUAGUAUUCAACAAGCCGAAGGUUGAGCUGCAUGUGCAUCUGGAUGGAGCCAUCAGGGUUCAGACUAUUGUGGAUGUUGCCAAGAGGCGUGGUAUACGUCUGCCUGCGGAUAAUGCGGAGGAGAUGAAGAAGAGGAUCAUUGUUGAAGAGCCUGGCACCCUCACUAGUUUCUUGGAAAAGUUCAACGAGUAUAUGCACGUAAUUGCUGGAGACCGAGAGGCCAUUAAAAGGAUAGCCCGUGAGUUUGUUGAAGACAAAGCCAACGAAGGAGUGAUUUAUGUUGAAGUUAGAUACAGCCCACAUCUUCUAGCUAACAGUGGAGUGGAGCCAAUUCCAUGGAACCAGGAAGAGGGUGACUUGAGCCCAGAUGAGGUGGUGAGACUGGUUAACGAGGGCCUCAGCGAGGGGGAGAGAGAGUUCAAAAUCAAAGCCAGGUCCAUUCUAUGCUGCAUGCGCCACAUGCCAAGCUGGUCAAUGGAUGUUGUGGAGCUGUGUAAGAAAUAUAAGGAUGAGGGAGUGGUUGCCAUUGAUUUGGCAGGUGAUGAGUCUCUCAACUGUGAAGCCAAUCCAGAACACAGGAGGGCCUAUGAGGAAGCGGUACGCUGUGGGAUCCACAGGACAGUUCAUGCUGGCGAGGUGGGGCCGGCCUCUGUGGUGAAGGAGGCUGUGGAAGUGCUGAAAGCUGAACGUGUCGGACAUGGUUACAACACUCUGGAGGACAGGGACCUGUACGAAAAACUGCUGGCUCAAAACAUGCACUUUGAGACGUGUCCUAUUUCAAGUAAGCUAACAGGUGCCUGCGACGCAGACUUCACCAUACACCCCGUCAUCACGUUCAUGAAAGACCAAGCUAACUACUCUCUGAACACAGAUGACCCUCUGAUCUUUAACUCCAACCUGCAUCACGACUACAACACAGCACACCAACACAUGGGAUUCACCGAGGAGGAAUUCAAACGACUGAACAUUUGCUCUGCACAGUCAAGCUUUCUACCUGCCGAGGAAAAGGAAGAGCUAGUUAAAACACUCAGUGAGGCCUAUGAGAUGAUCCAGAGCACUGCCUUUUAACCCUGACCAGCAAUUCUGAGGAGAAACCUAAAGGAGGGACAAAUCACUCUGAGACCUUAAUCUUCCAUGUGAUGCAGUGGAACAUGUUUUUAGUCAUUUGUAACCCAACAAACAACAUACACAUAGAAUAUUACAUCAGAUAUGCUGUUUACCAGUGGGUAGCAUCCUUCAUCUUACAUAACUGUGUAUAAUCUGUUUGUGUAUUUAUCAACAUUGCAUCUGAUUACAAGGUGCAAGCAAAAAGUUCUGGGACUCAGUCCACAAAAAUCAGAAACUAUACACAAUUUAAAUUUGGCUGCGCUUCUUAAAAAAAUAUUCGUGCACAUCUCUAGAUCUCUUCCAGCACGCUGCUAUUUUUAUAUUGUUCCAUAGAAGGCCCAUUGUGUAUGCUUGUGACUUUCACCACAGACCUCCAAAAGAGAGAAAACAUCAGCUGUGAUGGCACACGUGGCGUUAAAGGCACAGAAGAUAUUUUUUAACAUAAAACACACAAAACCUUCACUCAAAACCAGCCCUGGUUACCGGAAUCGGCUCUCUGCGACUUCAUCUGCCUCGUCAAAAUGAAAAUCUAAUUGAAGGUGCCUGAGCUAACUCUAAAAUGACAGGGAGAGGAGCUCAUUCAUGGUGGAGCUACUCUUUUGCAUUGAAAAGAUCUUACUUAAGUGGUUCGGGCAGAUUGGCUUAGGAAAACACUAAGCUGUAGGACAGGGGUGUCGAACUCCAGGCCUCAAGGGCUGGUGUCCUUCAGGUUUUAGUUAUCACCCUGUUUCAACACACCUGAAUCAAAUGAUUAGUUCAUUACCAGGCUUCUGGAGAACUUUAAGACAUGUUGAACCUCUUCAACAUGUCAAUUUAGCCAUUUAAAUCAGCUGUGUUGGAUCAAGGACACAUCUAAAAGCUGCAGGACACCGGCCCUCGAGGCCUAGAGUUCGACACCUGUGCUGUAGGAGGAGCAUAUACUGCAGUGGUAGAAGGACAAGGGGACAGAAUGAGAUGUCUAUGAAAGAGUCUAAAAACAGCAGCUGUGUUGGAAGUGGUAAAGAGAUGCACAAGAAGAUAACCUUGAAAGGAAGAAUAGCCAAAUGUACAUAUGGGUUUUUUGCAUUUUUAUCGGCCGGAUCCCAGAAUUCUUUUUAAUCAUACUUAGUAUUUGCAUAGCUUUAAUGUGUUAGUUAUGGGUGCUUGUUUUGGACAUAGUCAGGGUCUCCUGCUGUGUCCAAAAAUAUAGAAUGAAACAUAUUGUGUUAUAUCAGAACUUUGGAAAUACAGCGUGAAUCAAAAAGAAUCAUCCGAUUUCAAAGUGCUUUAAUUCUGCAGCCGUUGACUCCAGACACGUUCGCAAAAGUGUGGGAGGAGUUUGACUCUCGUACGGACAUAUGCCAUAUGCCCCGAGUAGGACACAUUGAUCACUUGUGAACGUUUUGUAUGUAAAAUUUUAUAUUCAGCCAUAUAUUUUAAUCUUUACCGCGAGCUUCUGUGUCCAUUGUUUAAAAGAAAAUAGCCUUUUGAAAAUCGGAUGAUUUUUUUUUUUUUUAAAUACAUCCUGUAUUUAUCAUCUUGUGUUUACAUCCUUUUGUUGUAAGGAGAAUCAGGGAAGCAUUGAACGCACAAUUACACUUCUAAGUAACAGGUUUAACACAUAACCAGACUGGAAAAGGAAAAAUAGGGGAGGUUAUUUGUAGUUCACACCUUAAACGUUCAUCUUUGAAGGAAACCAUGACGUGAAGAAUAACUGAAAGCAGUGGAGGCUAAGAACUGCAAAAUAUAGUUCACUUUGAAUAUCCACUGUUCAGUUGCAGGUGAAGUAUGGUAAUCCAGUGUUAGAGACAUGUGCUUUUUUCCCUGUAUGUGCAAAACUGCAGGGCGCGUCAGGUGAACACAGCUCAAUACCAAAAGUUUAGUCUUACAUGUGUACACUAGGUGGCACACUACGUUACCUAGAUAGACAACAUCUGACUAUGGUUUUGCAUUUGAUAAUUACUCUCUUUACUCUUUUUUGAUGUAUGUAUUUAUUUAAAAUGUUUUUCUGUUUCACUUAAAAAAAAAAAAAAAGCACAUCCAUUUAUAACCAACACAUUUAUGGAACUUAUAAGAAAACAAAAUAAAAGCUUCUAUGAAAUGUU